UACAGACUGGUAAAGUGUACAAGAAUCCACGAGGCUUCUUCGCGCGAGAACCUUCGUGGAGACGCCUUACUACUAAAAAGUUCUUCUACUCCCAUCACCCGUUAAUCUCGCAAAGAUUAUAUCCAAACCGCGCUGUGGCAUCCAAUAAAACCCUAGUUUUUGAGUAUAGAAGUCAAGCCUUUCUUUACUUUUUCUUCCGGGGUAGGGCCAGGGCCCCCUUGGUUCUACGCGUCUUCUUUACCUCACAUCCCCCUUCACUUAUUCUCCCAUUUCCUGUCUUAAUUCCUCCCAAACACUCCGGCGCCGGCGAUGGGCUGCGCGGCGUCGAAGAAGGCUGUGUCGGUGACGCCAGCGCUGGAUUCGUCCGGCAUUCUUAAGGAUCAUAGAGGAUCUGAUGUGUUUUUGGAGAAAUCUUUGCGGUAUAGGUCGAAGGAGGAGGAAGAAAGAAAGCUUGAAGAGUUGGCGGAAUCAGGGCGAAUGAUCUUGAAGCGGUCUAGCUCGGUGAGCGUUCGACUGGGUAAUCUUCACAAGUACAUUGAAGGGGAACAAGUUGCCGCGGGAUGGCCGGCGUGGCUCACCGCCGUGGCUGGUGAAGCGAUUAAUGGAUGGGUGCCCCUCAAAGCUGACAACUUUGAGAAAUUGGAUAAGAUAGGGCAGGGCACCUAUAGCACUGUAUUCAGAGCAAGGGAUAUUGAAACAGGAAAAUUUGUUGCCCUAAAGAAGGUGCGGUUUGACAAUUUUGAGCCUGAGAGUGUCCGAUUUAUGGCACGAGAAAUACAGAUACUUCGCCGACUUGACCAUCCCAAUGUGAUGAAGUUGGAGGGUUUGGUUACUUCUCGGUUAUCAUGUAGUAUAUAUCUUGUAUUUGGAUAUAUGGAACAUGAUCUUGCUGGCCUUUCAUCGUCACCUGACAUAAAAUUCUCUGAAUCACAGGUAAAGUGUUUAAUGGAGCAAUUGUUAUCUGGUCUUGAGCAUUGUCAUUCAAGAGGAAUCAUCCAUCGUGAUAUUAAGGGCGCCAAUCUUCUAGUUAAUGAUGAAGGCAUAUUAAAAAUUGCUGAUUUUGGCCUGGCAAACUUCAUACAUCCUGAAAAUAAGCAACCACUAACUAGCCGUGUGGUUACACUGUGGUACCGUCCACCUGAGCUUCUCUUAGGCUCUUAUGAUUAUGGAGUGUCUGUUGACUUAUGGAGUGCUGGUUGCGUAUUCGCAGAAAUGUUUGUCAAGAAGCCCAUCUUGCAGGGAAGAACUGAGGUUGAACAAUUGCAUAAAAUCCUUAAGCUAUGUGGUUCCCCAUCUGAUGAAUACUGGAAAAAGUCCAAGUUGCCUCAUGCAACAAUUUUCAAACCACAUCAUCCUUAUGAGAGUCACCUACAAGAGACUUUCAAGAGCUUGCCACAAUCUGCCUACAAGUUGUUAGAAGUACUUCUAUCUGUAGAACCUCAAAAGCGGGGAACUGCCACAUCCGCUCUAGCAUCUGAGUAUUUCAGAACAAAGCCUGCCGCGUGUGAACCAUCAAGUUUGCCAAAACACCCUCCUACCAAAGAGAUUGAUGCAAAAAGUCGUGAGGAUGCAAGCAGGAAAAAUAUUCCAAAGAUCAACGGAAGAGCUCGUGUUGCAGAAGUAAAAAGGAGGCCUUUAAGGGUGCAUCAGGAAACUCAACAAUCAAGUGGCUUGAGUAGAUUAGCAAAUCAUCAUGAGGCAGAGCCUCAGAUGAAAAAUCAUGGAACUGAAAGGAGUGGCAAUAAGAUAGUUUGUCCAAUAGUUAAAGGUGAAUCUAGACUUCUUGUUGAUCUUCAGCCAAUGGCAGCACUUAAUCCCCCUGAUCGGGAUCCGCAACCGACGCACAUUUCUCAAGACGACAUUCCUUUCUCAGGACCCUUGCAUGUUAAUCCUUCUACUGGUUUUGCAUGGGUGAAGAAGCAGCAGGAAGAUCAUCCAUUUGUUAAAUCACUAAGUAAAUCUAGCAGCUCAAGAAGCAUUACUUGUGGCUUGGAGGAGCCUCCAGUUGCUAUUAGAGCUAGAGUAACUUCUGAUUUUGAGAAUGGACAAUCUGCAGAAGAGGCAAUUGAUCAUCCCAAGCGCAGUGAGCAUUACAAGAUGGUGAAGAAUGCAAUGCUGAGAAAUUGGGCACAACUGGAACACUCAGAUUCAUUUGAUUCCUCUUCUGCAUUCCAUUCCCAGGAUUUCUCAAGAGCAAAUAAUGCGCAAUCAAAGCACAGUAUUAUGGGAUACCAAGAUGGAGGAGACAGGGUGGAAUUCUCAGGGCCAUUGUUGUCUAAAUCCCAAAAAGUUGAUGAAUUGUUACAAAAACAUGAACGCCAAAUUCGACAAGCGGUUCGGCGAUCGUGGUUUCAACGAGUGGCAGGUAGGAAACAAAUGAAGUAAAUCAAAGGUGUUAUUUUCUUUGACACUCAACAGAGCUCUUUUGGCACACUUGCAAAGAAGACUGUCAUAGGGAGGUCACCAUUUGAACAUUUUGGCAGAAGGUAGUGACAGUGACAAUAAUGAGGGCAGAUAUAUUUCAAAUCUUCUCAGAAGUGAACUAACAUCAGCCUUUAGAUAUGGUACAAAUGAAUUGUCAUGAAAAUUUCAUUCAUCUUUCAUAUAUUUUUGAUGAUUUUGGGGUUGUUUAGUCAAUGAAUGAUCCUCAAAAGAAGGAAAAAUUAUUACGUGCGGACGUUGAACGUGUCCGGAGGCGAAUGAGGUGGCGCCACAUCAUCCAAUGCACAGUGCAUUGCGUGACGUGUGGUCUCCUCAUUCGCCUCAACGUCUACACGUAAUAAUCAUAAAAAAAAAGGCAAUAGGAUAUUUUUGGGCAUACAAGCUGUAUAGUUUUUAUUUUGUUUGGAGAAUGUUUCAGACCUGAAAAUCUGUAUUGGCUGAUAAAAGAAAGAGAUUUUAUUAUUUAUUUAUUAUUUUUGGUAUU